AUGGUGUCUAUGAACAUAUUCCGCAUCCUGGGCGACGUAUCCCAUACCCUCUCGAAAUGUAUCCUCAUCUUCGCGAUCCACCGAAACCAGAGCACCGAAGGCGUCUCCCUCAUCACACAAGCCCUCUAUUGCGGGGUGUUCGUAUCCAGGUACCUGGACAUCUUCCACUUCAACACCGCAUGGAACACGAUCCUAAAGACCUUCUACAUCCUGAGCUCGCUCUACAUCCUGUUCCUGAUGCUGCGUGUGUAUUCGCGGACGAGAGAGCGUGAAAAGGCAUGGAAGCUGGGAGCAUGCUGCUUGGUGGGCAGCGCUCUUGGAGCCCCGCUCAUGAUGAUGAUUUUCAAGAAGAACAAGUACUGGGGCUGGAUGGAGUUCUUCUGGACUUUCUCCAUCAUCCUCGAAUCUACAUGUGUGCUUCCUCAGUUACUACUUCUGCGACAGACUACCGUACCCACAGUCAUCGAUUCUUUCUACCUGCUUACCCUUGGAUCAUACCGGGCGUUUUAUAUCCUGAACUGGAUAUGGCGAGAGUUUGAUCUCACGGAUCGCAAGCCAGAUCCCAUUUCCAUCAUUUUUGGGGUGGUACAAACCGCUUUCUACGUUGACUUUGCCUGGGUCUACUAUAGUAGACAACGAGUUAAACUUCGCCAUGGUGGCCUUGUAGAUGCAGACGAUCUGCGAAAUGGCUGGCUGCUGCGAACGGUCUUUGGACACAAGCCCCUGGUUGGCCAUCUAGAUGACGAAGAAAGUUCACCCGCUCUCGGGGGAGAUGGCGACAACCGACCAGGUGCCCCAAGUAGAAUAGGCUCGAAUUGGGGUUCCCGCGGGAUCAGCGUGUCCGCAGAUGAUGGGGUGCUGGCAAGCGAAAGAGAGAGGCAGAAGCUCUCCCAAGGACAGGAGUCAGGUGUUACCAGUGGCGCUCUUGGAGAAGAGACAGACCCUGAUGCAAAAAUGCAAAACCCAGACGAUUUGGCGAGGAUACUUGAAGAUGACGAAUAUGAUGACGAUGAUACGGCUCUGCCAGGCGGUAGCGGGUCUGCGGUAGGCAAUGGGUCGGAAUGGAGAGAUGAGGAAAGCAAGUAA